AUGUUAAUGCUAGAACAAAAAAUGGAAAAUAACAUUUUUGGUGAGUUAUUUUAAGAUCCAACGACGCGGCAGCAACGACAGCGUCACAAAAACAAGAAGUUUAUAAGCAAAACAAUAAAUUUGCAAGUGCAUCACACCUUUUUGUACAUUUUUUCGCCGUUUUUGCCCUACUACGACGUGAAAAUGCCUAAUUUCGCGUUUUACGGAGAAAGUAAACAAGCAACGACGAAAUUUUAUUCCUCUCUCUGAACUUAAAUAUGGUCCCAUAGAAUUCAAUUUCAGGAGGGGUCACCUGCAUUUGACAAAGUAACUGGGUAAGAAUAAUCACGAUAAAGACUGAAAGAACUCAAAUUUACUUUUUAAGCGACUAUCUCGUUGCCGUCUCGUCGUUGGAUCUUAAAGUCCCUAUUACUAAAACAGAUCUCCUAUCGAUAGUGUGGUGUUGUCUGUUGACAAUAUAGCUUUUUUACAAUUUUUAAAAGAAUCUCUCGGGGCUACACAUUCCGGACGACCUAGUUUGUUAACUGAUCCACAGUCAACUAUUUAUAGUAAUUUUAUAGUAUUAGGCUUGGCAAUUGUUAAGCUGACUCUUUAAGCUGGAAUAUCAAAACUGUUCCUACUUAUUGUCCGCUUUCGGGCACUGGACUGAAGAAAGAAUGAAGCUUUAUUCAAUGUCGGGUUUGAUGAGGUUGGUAAGACCUCUAGAAAAAAUUAUAUGUGCUAAUAAGCCGAGAAAAAAAAAACCCAAAACAAAUAAAUAAAAUAACAGAGAAGUAAAGAGAAAUCGAAAAACUUAUUUACAAUAUAAAGCCUAAAAUUCCGUGAAAUAGCUAUUUAUAAUAAAAAGCCUGAUUACAUAGUUAUUAUGUAAUCAGGCUUUAUAGAUAUUACUGAGAAUUAGGUAGAACCGUAGCUGGCGGAAUGCUUGUUUAAAAGCUGACAAUGUACUUAUGGACCUUAAGGUAUCAGAAAUCUUGUUCCAAGUAAUAGCCGCCAAGUAUUUUACUAAGUUCUUGCCAUAAUUAACGAGUCGUAAUUAGGUUUCGGUUCUUGCAGCUUGUUAACCUCUCACAGGUUUUUGAUGUUGUCUCUUAACCUAAAAGGUCUCUCUAAAGAGUUUAUGGUUAUGUUGUGUCUGUCAUUUUACUGUCCUUUUUUUAGUAGUUCCCAUUCACAGAAGUAACCAUGGACAGCUUUUCUCGGAUCGUAUUUUGCUCAGUUCUGUUAUUUCAACACACGUGGUCUCUAGGUAAGAAGCGUUUUAUGUUAUUUUUUAAAGCUUUUCCGAUUGUAAAAUUUUCUGAAGCCCUAAAUGUUAAGCAUCUUAAAUUUUGUGUGAAAAAAGAACUCGUAAGUAGGGAAGCUUUUUGCUUUUUGCUAUCUUCAUUUUCUGUCAGUGGUUUGGGGUCUUGAUCGAAGUCGGGGUAUACCCAUCAUGAUCUAUUGCAGUAUUCCACCUUGUUAGACCUCUUCCCAUCAUCAUCAAACCCACCCGAUAUUCGACACAAACAAGACAAAGCGUCUUGUGGAAUGGAAUAAAGUUUUUCCUUUCCUGAUGUUGGCGAAAGUAUUCAAGCAAGGGAUAGGUAAUCGAUGCUUACAGGCCAUGGUAGUGGUUUUGUAGUUCAACUCUAGCUAAAGAAGGCCUCUUUCGCCUUCCUUUCUCGGUAGAUGUUUCUCUAGAAGGGCACAACCUCUUCAAUUUUCUUUAUCCUUGAGCUUUUUUGAGCUUUGGGUUAGAUUUUCUGCUUGAAUAUCUCUCCGACAACUGAGGACAGGUCACCUGUCGUCCUGGGCAGCGUUAACCUGAGGUUAUAUUUUGAUCCUGGUUUUUUUUUUUCUCUUUUUCUAAAGGAUUCUCCCAAAUAGUUUUCUCUAUCCUUUUAAGAUCAUCCAAUCAUCAUGUUGUAGACAACAAGAAUUAAACUGAAUUUGCUUUUUAAGCUUUCAAAUCAGUGUGAAUUCAAAUUUUGAUCUAGGCCCGGGUUAUCUUAAUCCAGCUUUGAACAACUCGGCCCUGGUGUUCAAGGAAACUGCCAGCCAGUUUUCUCUUUACUAAUUUUUUGAUGUUAUUUGUACGCUCUUUCUAAUUUCUUAAUUUCUGUAUUUCCCUUGGAAUUCUCUUUUUUUGAGAACUUUGCCGCUGUGUUUUUACAUUCUAUUUUUGUGCGCGCGAUAACUGCUGCUGUGAUGUAGAGCUAUGUAGAUGAGCUGGUUAAUUCCUAUCAAAGUAAGAUGGGUAGGAAGCGCUUUCUUACAGUGCGACUACUAUAACCUGGGCCACUUAGACAAAGUUGACAUAUCGAAUUACAGGAAGAUAACAAUAAGUUCCAAGAAAGGUGGUUGUGGGCCAAUCAGCAACUCAUAAAAAAACAGUUACUCGAAGCACACAAUUUAAACAUUGAUAGCAAACGUUUUCCAAGAAAGCAAAAUAUUUCACCAGACGAUCUUUUUCUAUUCGAAACUUUACAUAUAACACCCAGGAGACAUAUUUGUUUUG